AUUGUUCGCAAAUUGUUCGACAUUUGACCCUCGCGGUAUUGUUCUGGGCAUUUUGUAUAAAAGGACAGUCGAAGAUGUUGAUGAUACUGUUCUUCCUCUUCGUUUGCCCUGGUGGCCUGCUUUUUACGACAAUAUUCUAAUGACGCUCUUCAAAUUCUUCACAAUUAUUGCUACGUUAUGCAGUGCAGGGCAAUAUGCAGCAGGUCAUGCAGCUUUAUUUCAUCCGAGCAUGUACGGCUUUAAUGUGACAGGCGAUACAUUCCCUUAUGAUAACCGACCCGUCGCUCCUCUAAUGGACAUGACCUUUGACCAGUGGUGGUUCCAUGGUCACCUCGAUUAUCCCCCCAAUGAUGGAGAUAUCUUCGACCUCCCAGCAGGCCAAACUGCAACAGCUGAGAUAGCCUGUAACAAGGGCGCCACGAGCUACUUCGCUUCAUCCGAUGGAGGUGACAUUCGGGAACCAGACAACCCGAACAACGUAUGUCCGGGAGCCGGCAUGGAGGAGUACCAUACGACAGGUAUCGACGAUCUCACGGGAUGCGCACUUGCCAUCGCAUACAAGAGUGACGCUCGAUCUGUUGUACCGGAGGACUUCACAGUUUUCAGUGUGAACCAAACCUGUGUGUGGACCCGGUUCACAGAUUUCCAGGUGCCGGCCCGCAUGCCGCCUUGUCCCGACGGUGGAUGUACCUGUGCUUUCUUUUGGAUUCAUUCGCCCGACAGUGGAGGCGAGCAGAAUUAUAUGAACGGCUUCAAGUGCAACAUCACGGAAUCGACAUCAACGGUCGCCCUUGCCAAGUCACAGGUCCCUAGGCGAUGUGGUUCGGAUCCCGUCAACAACAAGCAAUUUGCUUUCCCUGCGAAUUGUACUCAUGGGGCCAAACAACCUUUCUACUGGUUCAAUCAGGAGCAAAAUAAUAUGUUCGAGGGCACCUAUUCACCACCCAUUUACACCGAUCUGUAUAACUUUUUGGAUGGUUCCCAGGACGAUAUCUUUGAAGACUCUUAUGAUUCCCUUCCGACGCCCUCACCGACCGCACAGAUGCCGGUCCUCAAAGUUGCUGACAAUUCAGGUUCUGCGUCUAAACGCUCCUGGCGACACAAAAGGUCACGGCCUCGGCGGCUUGUGAACAAUGAAUAUUAUUGACCUUCAUGCCACCUGUAUUUAUGUUUAAUGUAAUAUCAAUUUCUCGCUGAAAAUCGAGCUUCAGUGCCAUAGCACAAUUGACUUGACUUUCGCACUCCUCUUCGAAGCACGGAUCUCAG